UGUUGAAAAGAAGACCCCAAACUCUCCAUGGCUGCUGUCCCCACAAAACAGGCGGAGUUGGGUUCUAUAACAGUUGCUUAACGCCACGGCGCAGGUGCCCAUGUUUUUUCUCUUCUCAAACUUACGUCUCUCACUCUCAAAAAAAAUUAAUUCCCAAUUAUUUACUCUUUCGUGAGUAUAUAUGUGAUGGAAGUCGGAGGUGAGAGCUACACCAACCCCAUCACCACCACUGAUACAUGCAGCGUUAAUCGGAACCUUCUUCUCAUUCAAUCCGAUGACCCUAUUUUGAAAGUUCAGGCUGCUAUGGAAAUUCGACGACUCACCAAGACUUCCAAACGUUACCGCCGCUAUUUCUCUAACGCCGUGAAACCCCUCGUUGAUAUGCUCCGUUCUACUAACUCCUUUGAGUCUAAAGAAGCCGCUCUCCUUGCCCUCCUCAAUCUCGCUGUUAAAGACGAAAGAAACAAGUUAAGUAUCAUUGAUGCUGGUGCCUUGGGACCCCUCAUAGGCUUUCUUCAAUCAGAGAAUUCAACUCUACAAGACCAUGCAACGGCUUCAUUGCUUACAUUAUCCGCUUCUUCUGUGACAAAGCCCAUUAUUAGUGCUUCUUGUGUCAUUCCUCUACUUGUGGAAGUCCUAAGACAAGGAAACUCACAAGCUAAGGUUGAUGCAGUGAUGGCUCUUUACAAUCUGUCAACUUAUCAAGGCAACCUAAACUUGAUCCUUCAAACAGAGGCCAUACAUUUCAUUGUUUCUCUGCUUAAAUCUUGUAAAAAGUCUUCAAAAACUGCAGAGAAAUGUACUGCUCUCAUUGAAUCCUUAGUGAGUUAUGAGGAGGGUAGAACUGCAUUGAUAUCUGAGGAAGGGGGAGUAUUUGCAGUUGUAGAGGUGCUUGAAAGUGGAUCUCUUCAAAGCAGAGAACAUGCUGUAGGAACUCUCCUAACAAUGUGCCAGAGCGACCGCUAUAAAUACAGAGAACCAAUUCUGAAAGAAGGUGUAAUUCCUGGACUUCUUGAGAUGACUGUUCAAGGAACAACUGAGUCUCAAACAAAAGCGCAAAUACUUUUAAGGUUGCUCAGAGACAAUCCUUAUCCUAACUCUGAACUUCAACCUGACACAUUGGAGAACAUUGUUUCCAAUAUUAUAUCUCAGAUAGAUGGAGAGGAUCAAUUAGGAAAAACAAAGGAGAUGCUUGCCGAAAUGGUACAAGUUAGUAUGGAGCGAAGUUUGAGGCAUUUACAGCAAAGGGCACUGAUACGUACUCCAUCUGACUUAUCUGUUUCUAGUUUAGAAAAGCCAAUCUAGUUUUUUUCGUGCAGCCAAUGGCAUUUCGAUCACAAAAUCCAUUGACAGCUGCAUAAAUGACUAGAAAUGUUUUUCAAUUGGUAGUGGUGUAUAAUGUGGUUGUUUUGUACUUCUCUCCGCCUUGCACCUCUUUUUUGAGCCAGCGUGCUAUUGAUUUUCCGUAGUUGGGAAAAUGAGAUAGAUAGAUAGAUAGAUAGAUAGAUAGAUAGAUAGAUACUACAGAAUGCCAGUCCGGAUCCUUCUGAAAGGCGCCAGGUGACUGGUUACUCAGUAAUUUUAGAAACAAUAAGGUCUUAGAAAUGUAGUUUUUGACCUUGGCCCUUGUAACAUAGAUUGUGUAUUGAAGGUUAUACAACUAUCAGUUUCAUUUCUCCGCCCUCAUGGUGUUUUUGUGAUAUACGGAGAAUGUUUAAAAGGAACGAAUGGAGUUUUUAUUCUCAGAACUUCUCAUGCUUUUCUGCUGAAGGCUGAGGCAAUAUAUUGUAAUGGAUACACUUAAAAAGUGCUUUGAGUGAUCCUCGUACUAUUUCAAAAGCCAGAGAAAUUUAAGAUAUA